AUGAAUAAUAGACACAACCAAGAUGAAUACAGCCUGAGGAGAAGUAUCAAUAACACACUGCGUAAUAAAUCGAAUUUACUUAAAAAUGGGGGGAGCAGUAAUCAAAACAGUGCCUUAAAAAAAUUUGUCCCAAAUAUUGACAAUUUAAAAAAUGAAAAUAAAAUAAAAUCGGAACAGGCCGACAAAUUAGAUGAUAGCUUAAAUGACAAAAGCAUUCAAGAGUUAAUAAAAAAAACAAUCAACUUUGAGUUACAAAAUGAGAAAAAAAAAAAUGAUAACCAUUUUAAUGGAAACAACAUUAAUAAAGAUUUUCCUCCCCAUGGAGUAGAAAAAAAUAUAAUCAGUAACAAUUUAAAUGUACUAAACUUGGAAUACUUACAAGCAAAGAAUGAUGAAGAUGUUAUGGAAUCUCCUCAAAAGAAAAAAACGUCCAUAGAUAUUUACGAAUUAAACAACAUAAGUAAAAACAUCUUUUACAAUAAGAAGACUACCUCCUCUGAUGCUCACUUUUUGCCACUAACUUUGCCAUUUUUUACAAAUAAUGAGAAGCAAAAAAAAAUUCGAAAACUGUUCCUCAAUAAGGAACGAUUCUUUUUCUACAUCCAGCUGCCUAACAUGCUACCUGCUCUUCUUCGAAACGAGGAACAAAAUGAAAAUAAAGACAACGUAACAAAGGAGCGAGGACGGCAACAGACGGGUUGCAAGACGGAAGAAAAGGAACAAACACAAAUAAAAAAGGGAAAAAAAAACAUACAGAAAACGAGCAACAGCGCGUACGAACUCAGCAAUAUAAGCACACUACCCAAUGGUAAAUUUGCAAAGCUAAUUAUUUACAAAAAUAAAAAAAUUAAAAUGAAAAUUAACGAUAUAUUGUUUGAUGUGGAUGAAGGAUCGGAGUGCACUUUUUCGCAAGAAAUCGCUUGCUACAUAAAAGAAAACUCGGAAUUUAUUUUUCUCGGAAAUUGCGACAAUAAACUUGUAGCUACUCCGAAUAUUGAAAGGAUUAUAAAUAAAAAGUGA